UCCGCCGCCGCCACCAUGGCCGCGCCGGCUCCGGGCUUCAUCUCUGCCUCGAGCGCUGGACGCUGGGCUUCUGCGACGAGCGCCUCGUGCCCUUCGAGGACGCCGAGAGCACGUACGGCCUCUACCGGACGCACCUGCUGUCCAAACUGCCCAUCCCAGACACCCAGGUGCUCACCAUCAACCCGGAGCUGCCCGUGGAGGAGGCAGCAGAAGACUACGCCAGGAAGCUGAGACAGGCCUUCCAAGGAGACUCCAUUCCAGUUUUUGACCUGCUGAUCCUGGGGGUGGGCCCCGACGGCCACACCUGCUCACUCUUCCCAGACCACCCCCUUUUGCAGGAGCGGGAGAAGAUCGUAGCCCCCAUCAGCGACUCCCCAAAGCCACCACCACAGCGUGUGACCCUCACGCUGCCCGUGCUGAACGCAGCCCGAACCGUCAUCUUCGUGGCGACUGGAGAGGGCAAGGCAGCUGUUCUGAAGCGCAUUUUGGAAGACAAGGAGGAAAACCCACUCCCCGCCGCUCUGGUCCAGCCCCACACUGGCAAACUCUGUUGGUUCCUGGACGAGGCGGCUGCCAAACUGUUGACUAUGCCCUUCGAGAAGCAUUCCACAUUGUAGCCAGCCAGAUGGACGCCGUAGCUGGGACCACUGCAUCCCACAGCCGGGGACCUUCCAGGGCUGGGCCCUGCUGGCUGUCACACUCUGGGCUCAUUUUAGAAGAACCACACGGUGCUGUUGGGAGCUGGCAGAGUCCGGCCACCCACCCUGCCUCAGGGGCUCAGCCCACAGUCGUGGCUCCAGGCAACUGGAUAUUAAAAGGAAUGUUGUUGAAAA